AUGCCACUGGCUUGCGUAUCGUUGUGGGUCGAUGACUUUCGCGUUUUUCUGCAAUUUCCACCCUUCAUGAUGACGAGGACGGUAGGGCGUUGCCAGACUUCACUUCAGACGCGGCAAAUAAUGUGGAACCUCCCAAGUCGCGUUCGGUCCUGUCGCCAAUUCACCCUUAUUCCAAACUUUUACGCCCCAGGCCACAAACCUCCCUCGAUCGGUGCGAACGCAAGCCCAAACCCUCUUCGAACACUUCAGCCUCCUUGGUACAAAUAUCAGGUCAUCGAGGCGCAACUCCAUCGCCCCAGAAGUAAUCUAUGCAUAGCUAUGCAUCCCGAGGAUGCUAAAAGAGAAGACAAUGUAAAGAUUGGUCAAAACAGAUUAGAGCCAUCCCGGCCAUGGCUCCUUUUCUGCGCCACCCUCUUCGGAUGGGGUCAUAGCAUUGCAGUCUGUUUCCGCCUGACACCCACCCCCCAUCGACAUGGCUACCCGCGAGUCAUGCCGCCUACCCUUUCUCCAUCUCCAAUGUGCCUCCUCGCCUCAUACCUUGGCCACGAGGAGUUCAAACGGCGGCAUUCACCUGCCUCCCAAGCUCUUCAAGUGCGAACGACUGAGGAAGAGACAACGGAAGAUAGGCCAGAGAAGAAGGUUAAGCAGCAGCAGCUUACGGUUGAUUUGACGAUGUCGGAUGAAGACUGCCUCCAGAAAGCGAAGGACAUGCUUCUCCUCUCCAAGCAAGCAAUACCGCUUCCAGCACCAACGCCUUCACUACUAUCCGUAAAGAAGAAACCCGCUCGACUGGUCUCAUGUCUGACAUCGGGCAUAGUUCCACCCAACUCCUUCUCAGGUGCUGGUCUUCAGCACUCGCUUCUUCUGAAGGGCGUGUGGUGA